AUGAAGGGAUCAACCAACUUGUUGAUGCAAUUGGCAUCUGACGCUUUAUCAAAGAGAGACACAAUGUCGUUAGAAGAACAGACGGCAUCUCUCAAACCUACCGACAUGGCAUAUGUGAUGUUCUGUGCCUUUGGUGUGUUUUUGAUCACACCGGGCAUUGGCUUGUUCUAUGGUGGUACUUUGAAGAGAAAGAACAUGGUUCAAAUACUCUUUCAAACAUAUAUGGUAACAAGUGUUAUCGUCAUCGUUUGGUACUUGAUUGGCUACUCCUUAUCUGUUUCUCCAACAUCUUCUUCUAAGCUUUUGGGUAACUUUUCCAACGCUGCUUUAUAUAACGAAGAGGCCCGGCCUUUGCUUGAAGGCGGCACAAUUCCUUCUGUCAUCAACUUCUGCUUCAAUGUUUUCUUCCCAGUUGCAACAGUACAAAUUUUCGUCGGCUCGAUUGGAGAAAGAGGACGCUUCUUGCCUUCCAUUGUGGUCAGUAUUGUGUGGGUCAUUGUGUGCUACUGCCCAUUUGCAUACUGGGUUUGGGGAGCUAACGGCUGGCUUUAUCAUUUGGGCGCUUUGGACUUCGCUGGAGGAGGACCAGUCCAUAUUGCUUCGGGAGUUGCCGCAUUCUGCUACUCUUGGUUCUUGGGUCCCAGAGGUCUUCCUGGAAAGAGAACUGGCCCACUUCCUGAUGUCAAGGGACACUCUACAGUAUCUACAUUCAUUGGUGUAACCUUAAUUUGGGCAGCUUGGUUUUGCUUCAACUCCGGAACUUUGUUGUCUGUGAAUGCUAGAACUGGGUACAUCUUCCUCAACACCAUCCUUGCCUCGUCCUUUGCCUGUGUCUCCUACACUGCCACUGAUUUCUUCCUUACCGGAAGAUACUCUCUUCAAGCCGCUUGUGAGGGAUCUAUUGUUGGUUUGGUCAACAUCACCCCAUCAUGUGGUUUCUACUGGCCAUGGGCUGCUGCUGUUACCUCCAUUAUUAAUGCGGUUUUGUGCCGCUUGACUGUUGUUUUGGCACGCAAAACUGGUGUCGACGAUGUGUCAGUUUCUGGAGUCAUCCAUGGUGUAGGUGGAAUUAUAGGCGCAACCUUGACUGGUAUUUUUGCAACCAAAACCGUAGCUGGCUACGACGGGGUUACAGUAAUUGAGGGUGGCUGGAUUGAUGGCAACUUCAAGCAAAUCGGAUACCAAAUUGCUUCAUGGGUUGCAAUUGUUGCCUGGACUGCUUUGUUCACAAUGGCCAUCCUUUUCAUCGUUGACAACAUUCCAAAGUUGAAGUUGAGAGCCAGUGUAGAGGCUGAAGAGAUGGGUAUGGACUUGUUUGAAAUGGCUGAGACAGUUGAUGAGUAUGGCAAUGAGUACGAGGAGUUCUUCAGACAAAACGCCGACAAAAUUAGAAAGGCGCUUAGUUAUAUAGAGGGUGAGGCACUUGUUCUUGAAGGAAGAUCCAUGGAUGGGUCUUCUGUUUCCGAGGUUCAGUUGAUGAAUUCCGAGAAGGUCUAG